AUGUACUACAACAUAACCGGAACACACUCCCCCCCUUUUCUCUCUUCUUCAGACGUCUUAGGACCUCUGAACUUUAGCAUCGCAUCGCGUAGCUCAAGUUCCCAAACCUCUACACCUUUGUUCGACUUUACGUCGUUCACCACGGAUAACUUCCAGCAACCAUGGCUUCCCACGCCCCCGCACACACAGCCCUCGGCUUCCAGUUUGAACAACAACAGCAACAACAACAACAACAACAACAGUGCAUUAGAGGACUUUGUGCUCUAUCCAGCUCCGCAAGCCCGUCAGCAGCCUCGAUUCAGAGACUCGCGUUCGCUAGCUCCGAACACUACCCUUAGGCCAUCUGCUCUCCAGCCUUUUCUGGCGCAGAACAACCCUCGACGACACUCUUUCAGUUUGCAGUUGCAACGUCAUCUCCAGCAGCAGUUUCCUGGUUCUCCUAUUCAGGACCCCAGAGUGACCCAGCUUGCCCGGUCUCCUUCCUACUGGUCUCACCCCGUGAAGCACUCUCCGCUCCAUUCGGCAACUGUGCCAAACAACUCUCCUCAACGUUCCCCCAUUCCGCCGUUUUACGCCGGUAAUAUCACACCCGAAAAAAGAAAACAGUACAUGCAAUACCGUCGCAACAUGUCUGCUCCCAACUUUCAAGGUAAUUUCUUUCAUCUCAACAACCAUAUCCAUACCUCCGCUCACAUUAUCCCCUCAGAUCAAGACGCCGAGCUCUUCGGUCUCCCAUCUGCCGGUGGCAUGGGAUUGACUUUUGAUGACUUCCUGCGCCAGGAGACCAGCGCGCUCUCUCCGGAGGCGCCCGCUGGAACCAUCUCCCCGCAGGACCUUAUGUUCGACCAUUCGAUUCCGCCUUCGGGCACCUUCACUGAUUUGAGCACUCCUCCUUUCGACUCCCCGGCCGGUACCUUCAGCCAGAACCCCUCUCCCAUGUUCGCUGAUGUGGAGUUCAUGGGCAAUGACGAAUGGCCUCCUCUUUUCCACGAUGGAGCCGUCGGCAAUGCUAUCCCUUCUGGUCUGUUCGAUACCCCGGAGUUCGCUUCCGCCUUGGCCGAGCCCAAGAAGCAAAUGCAGCCCUCGAUUGAGAUGUCGCCCGCUUCCAAGCCUCUCACUAUUUCCACUGGCUACAAGUCCUCGCCCGUGUCUGCUCCUAUGUCUGCGACCGGCACAACGCGGCACUCGAGUGUCGCUGGUAUCUCCCGUCAACGAAAGGACUUGUCUCCUAUCGAAUUUGACCCCAAUGACCCGGUCGCCACCAAGCGUGCUCGUAACACCGAGGCUGCCCGCAAGUCUCGUGCAAAGAAGCUGGCCCGCCAGAACUCUGCUGAGACUCGUAUCCAGGCCUUGGAAGAUCAGAUCAGUGAGCGUGACGAACGUAUUGCCAACUUGGAAGCUCAACUCGCCAUUCUCCGUGGCUCUCAGUGA